UCCCGGGAAGAACCGCGCGCCAUGGGGACCUGGCGGCGUCUUUGGCUCUCUGGCCGGUUGUCACUCUGGGGUAGUGGCGGGGCCGCUGUCCCGCCCCUAGGGCGCCGAGCCUUGGGUUGUGGGCGCCAGUUAUUAGGCGCUGAGGGUGAGUCCUUGAAACAAAGAAGAGCACAAAUCAUGUCCCGAGGACUUCCUAAGCAGAAACCCAUAGAAGGUGUUAGAGAAGUUAUUGUUGUGGCCUCUGGAAAGGGUGGAGUUGGAAAGUCUACCACAGCAGUGAACCUUGCUCUUGCAUUGGCAGCGAACGACUCGUCCAAGGCAGUUGGCUUAUUAGAUGUAGAUGUGUAUGGUCCUUCCAUUCCAAAGAUGAUGAACCUGAAAGGAAAUCCAGAAUUAUCACCAAACAACCUAAUGAGGCCUCUUUUGAAUUAUGGUAUUGCUUGUAUGUCUAUGGGAUUUUUGGUUGAAGAGACUGCGCCAGUUGUUUGGAGAGGCCUCAUGGUAAUGUCGGCCAUUGAGAAACUAUUGAGACAGGUCGAUUGGGGUCAACUGGACUAUUUAGUUGUUGAUAUGCCACCAGGAACAGGAGACGUGCAGUUAUCAGUUUCACAGAAUAUCCCUAUUUCAGGUGCUGUGAUCGUCUCCACGCCUCAAGACAUUGCGCUGAUGGACGCCCACAAAGGUGCUGAGAUGUUUCGGAAGGUCCACGUGCCCGUUCUUGGACUUGUCCAAAACAUGAGUGUCUUCCAGUGCCCAAAAUGUAAACACAAAACCCAUAUUUUUGGUGCUGAUGGUGCAAGAAAACUAGCACAGACCCUUGAUCUUGAUGUUCUAGGAGACGUCCCGUUACACCUUAGUAUAAGGGAAGCUUCAGAUAAAGGUCAGCCAGUUGUGUUUUCCCAGCCUGAAAGUGAGGAGGCCAAAGCUUACCUGCACAUUGCUUCAGAAGUGGUAAGAAGAUUGCAGCCACCUCCAGAAUGAUGUCCAAGUGCCCUGGAAAUUGUCCUGGUGUUUGAUAAUCACAGACUGUCAAAAAGUGAGCAUUGUGGAUGACUGUCAUGAUUGUUUUCUUUCAUUUUUAAAGAAAUGUCUCAUUUUCAGAUUUGAUUUGACAGCCCAUGACUCACAAAUAAAGUUUGUAUGUGUCUGUGCUGACCGCUGUGUUUGGGGUUAGAAAACCAGUUUGUCAGCCUCACUGUUCAUUCUGCCACCUCUUGAAGAACUGUGCCCUCCAUGAUGCUGCACUCCCAGGUUUAAAGAGAAAUGCACUCCCCUGCUGAAUAUCGAUGAGUCCUCCAACUGUUUCUAAGUGCGUGUGGAUGUAAAUGAAGCACCUUGCCAGCAGGCAGUUGGGCUGAGGUUUGGACCUUGCCUGUAGCCCUGUCUUAAACAUGUUCUUGAUAGAAAGGACUUCUGCUUCAUGUGGCCCAGACUCGAUGACUCUGACUCUCCCGGAUGGGGCCAGGGCAUGGAUAAUAAUUUUGGUUAUGAUGGUGUUUUAGCCACUGCUCUAUUACUGUGAAGAGACACCAUGACCAUGGCAGCGCUUAUGAAUGAAAGCCUUUCAUUGGGCCUUGCUAACAUUUCAGAGGUUUAGUCCAUUAUCAGCAUGGUGCAAGCAUGGUGGCCUGCAGGCAGACGUGGUGCUGGAGAGGAGCUGAGAUUCUACAUCUGGAUCAGCAGACAACAGUAAGAGAGACACCUGGUUUGAGCAUUUGGAGCCUCAAAGCCCACCCCCAGUGACACACUUCCUCCAACAACGUCAUACUUCCUACUCCCUGUCAUGGAGCACCACUCCCUAAUAACUAAGCAUUUAAAGAUAUGAACCUAUUGGGGCCAUUCCUAUACAAACAACCACAGAAAAUAAUUGUGAUAAUAAAAAUAACUUGUGUCCAGUGA